AUCAGUACCUAUCUCCAGUUCAUUCCCUUCUUCCUCUACACACGUGGAGCAAUCGUAUAUUGCUCACCGUGAGCAUGGUCUCUUCCUCCUUCAUGGCUUUCGCGGCUCUAGCUAGCUCCUUCCUCAUCGUCCUCCAUUCCAGCAGCGUCUCUGGCUGGUCCGACGGCCGUGCGACGUGGUACGGUCCCCACGAAGGCGCCGGCACCGACGGUGGUGCAUGCGGGUACCAGGGCGAUGUGGAGCAGCCGCCGUUCUCAGCCAUGGUCACGGCGGCCGGCCCCUCUAUCUUUAAGAACGGCAAGGGCUGCGGCGCUUGCUAUCAGGUUAGAUGCACCAACCAUGGCGCUUGCUCCGGGUUCCCGGUGACCGUGGUCGUCACAGACCAGUGCCCCGGCGGGCCGUGCCUGGCCGAGGCUGCCCACUUUGACCUCGGCGGGAAGGCGUUCGGCGCCAUGGCCAAGCCCGGACAGGCCGACAACCUCCGCAACGCAGGCAGACUUAGAGUCCAGUACAACCGGGUUCGGUGCAACUGGCAUGGGCUAGACAUAGCCUUCAGGGUGGACGGUGGCUCCAACCCGAACUACCUUGCGCUGCUCAUCGAGGACGAGGCCGGCGACGGCGACCUGUCGGCGGUCGAGCUUCAGCAGCGCGGCGGCAGGUGGGCGCCGAUGCAGGAGUCAUGGGGCGCGGUGUGGAAGUACAACUCCGGGUCCACCCUGCAGACACCCAUGUCGAUCCGCCUCACCUCCAGCUCCGGCAAGAAGCUCGUCGCCACCAAUGUCAUCCCCUCCGGCUGGCAGCCCGGAAGAACCUACCGAUCCAUCGUAAACUUCCAUUGAUCGAGUGAUCGUUCGAUUUGUCGGAUGAUCGAGUACCAUCCAACCUAUGUUA